AUGAAACUUCCGUUUGGAACCCAUCAAAAGCAUGGUGAAGGUUGUCAGACGGCAUGCAAAAAUUUGAUCUACAUAAUUUUGAUUUGUUUGAUUUGUGGAACAAUUGCGUUUGGGUUUUGUAUACUUCAAGCGUAUUAUAUUGAUGGAUGUGGUGACUCCAAAAACUCAACGAUCCAGGGGAGAAAUCCGAUAAAAUUGGAAUAUAAAUGGCCGGAAAAUGUGGAAAAAAUUAUCAAUGAAGUGAUUGAUAACAAUGACCGUAUGACAAUGAAUGACGAUCGUGGAGUUUUGAUAAAAGCCGAGUUAAUGAAAUUUGACACAAGCGACGUCUUCUACAUAAUCGUCUACGAUGGUGUUGACGGUCCGUUGAACCACGCAUUCUAUGGAGACAGAAAUGAAUAUAUCACAGUUUUUAAGCCUGGAAAAAUGAAUGUAGUAGUUUUCCGAAGUCAUUUUUGGAGAAGUUCCCCACAAAGUGCAUAUAACAAAAUGAAAGAAAGCGUUGAAGAGAGCUGUAAAAAGGGUUUAAAGUUAAAAUCCAACUACUCGGAUGUUCCAAAAGAACUUAUGACCAAAUUCAAAGACACAAAUUUUAUUGGAUUAAUUGGAAAAGAGUUUGAAGUGUCUGUAAGAUCCGCAAAUAGUUUUGGAAGGAUAUGGGGACCUGGAUAUUGGGAUACGGUAGCUGUUUUGGAUAGUGAAGGGAAUAAGACUGGAAAGGAAUUUAUAUUGGUUGCAGGCUAUAUUUAA